AUGGCGAAGAUGGACGAUUUUGCGGCCCCAAAGAGCCCUCAUUCAACGACAAGCUCGCGAGGAAGACGCGACAGCCGAGGCCAACUACAAGAUGACAACGUAGUUGUCAACGAGGAGACACCGCUGCUCAAAGCCAGUCACUCCAACAUGGCCGUUCCUUCAUAUCAGACUCCCGAUUUGAGUCUUGUCGCUGAGACAGAUGCACCCCAACAACCGGUGUCCUGGAUGUCAAUGCCAAAAAAGUGGCAGCUGGGCAUGGUCGUCUUUGCACGUCUUGCCGAACCUCUUGCUGAGCGGUCACUGACAUCGUAUCUUUUCUACCAAUUGAGGUGGCUCAGUCCUACUCUACCAGACUCGGCAAUUGCAAGACAAGCCGGUCUUCUCACCGCCUCAUUCGCCGCCGCCCAGGGUGUCACUGGCAUGCUGUGGGGUCAUGUGGCUGACAGUCCUCUGUUCGGUCGAAAGCGAGUACUCCUCGUGGGCUUGCUGGGAACCUGUGUAUCGGCAAUUGGAAUGGGUUUAUCUACUUCCUAUGCCUCUGUGGUGUUUUUUCGUGUUCUCGCUGGAGCACUGAAUGGCAACGUAGGCGUUCUUCGGACCAUGAUUUCUGAGAUUGUCGAAGACAAAAGGUACCGAUCUCGCGCUUUUCUACUACUCCCAAUGUGCUUCAACGUAGGCGUCAUUAUCGGUCCUCUUCUUGGUGGAUUUCUUGCCGACCCCAUUGCAUCUCUCCCCUCAAUCUUUGGGCCGGGCUCCUUUUUCGGUGGAAAAGACGGCGUCGAGUGGAUGGAGCGAUUCCCUUACGCUCUGACCAACUUCGUUUGCUCAAGCAUCUUGAUGAUUGCAGCCCUGGGAGUAGUUCUCGGGCUGGACGAAACACACCCGCUCCGGCGUCAUCGCCGAGACCGCGGCCGGGACCUUGGGCGUUUCCUAUUGCGAAAGGUCUUCAGAAUGGAAACCCCGCCCAGUGACUAUCAUCUCAUUGGCAACGGAAAUGAGCCGGGGCAGCUCGUGGCCGAAGCAGGAGAUGUCGAGGACCAAUCUUCAUCAAGCAAGCCAGUGGAGGAAGGCAAAGACCGAGCGCCUCUACGUGCUAUCUGUACGCGCAACGUUAUCUUGACGUUGGCACAGAACUUUUCCUCAGCUCUCCACGUCUCCGCCUUCAACUCCAUACUGUUCGUUAUGCUGCCAGCCCCCCAAUCAGACAACACCAAUGCUCAACUCCCAUUUCGGUUCACGGGUGGUCUUGGUUUGUCAUCUCAAAAGGUUGGUUUUGCCAACACAGUCAUUGGGGCUGUCGGUCUUCCACUUCAAAUCCUCUUAUUCCCCUGGAUCAGUAGCAGGCUCGGCGUGCUGCAGUCCUACCGCACAUUUCUGCCAUUCAGUGCGCUGGCGUACUGCUCGCUUCCCUACCUCGCGCUGCUGUCGAACGAGAGUCCGUUCUUGUGGCCCUGUUUGUCUGCCAUCUUGAGUGCACAAGUCAUGUCAAGAACGUUUGUUGGACCGGCAACGAUCAUGCUGGUCAACGAUUCUGCUCCGCACCCUGCUCUACUAGCCACUGUGCAUGGUGUUGCAUCGAGCACUUCAGCUGCAGCUCGCAUGCUUGGGCCUACCAUAGGAGGGACCGUUCUAGGCUGGGGACUCAGCAACAACUUUGUUGGCGCGCCAUUCUGGGGCAUUGCGCUUGUUUCUCUCAUCAACUGGUCAUUACUUUACGUAGUGAGAGAAGGAAACGCCAUUUAG